GUGACAUCACACUGACGGCUGUGGCAGCAGCAGCUGCUAGUGUAGGAGGGCAGACUUCUUUCUUUUCUCUCCUCUUCUUCUGCAGGGCUGCACAGGACUUCUCUACUCUCAGGAUCCCACAGCCACUUUCAUCCUGCAAUCAGCCCUAUAAGACAUCUCAAGAAAAUCUUUAUAACUACUCGUUGAUCUCAGCAGAAGCAUCAUGUCAUCAACGGUUGGCCGUUAUAGAGGAUCUGUAAAGGAUUACCCUGACUUUGAUGCCGGCCAAGAUGCUGAAACCCUCUAUAAAGCCAUGAAGGGAUUUGGCAGUGAUAAAAAAGCAAUAUUGGAUCUCAUAACCUCCAGGAGUAACCAGCAACGUAUCCAAAUCAUUCAGGCCUACAAAUCUCUCUAUGGCAAGGACCUCAUUGAUGACUUGAAAUAUGAGCUCACUGGUAAAUUUGAGAGGCUUGUCGUAGGAUUGAUGAGACCCCCAGCAUAUUUUGAUGCCAAGGAGAUUAAAGAUGCCAUUAAUGGUAUUGGAACUGAUGAGAAAUGUCUCAUUGAAAUCCUGGCCUCUCGGAAUAACCAGCAGAUUCAUGCACUGAUAGAGGCCUAUAAAGAUGCUUAUGACCGAGACCUGGAGACAGACGUCAUCAAAGAUACCAGCGGGCACUUCAAGAAGAUGUUAGUUGUCCUGUUGCAGGGAACACGGGAAGAGGAUGAUAUUGUGAGCGAGGAAUUAGUAGAACAAGAUGCCAGGGAAUUAUUUGAAGCCGGAGAACAAAAAUUUGGCACAGAUGAGGCUCAGUUCAUCUUCAUUUUGGGAAGUCGAAGCAAAUCACAUCUCAGACUUGUAUUUGAUGAGUAUGAGAAAGUUGCUGGGAAGAGUAUUGAGGAGAGUCUCAAGGAUGAACUAUCUGGAGAUUUUGAGAAGCUGAUGCUGUCUGUAGUAAAAUGCAUUCGUAGCAUCAAGGACUAUUUCGCUACCAGACUGUACAAAUCAAUGAAAGGUCUGGGCACUUCGGACAACACCCUGAUCCGCAUUAUGGUGUCACGCAGUGAGAUCGAUAUGAUGGACAUUAGGGAGUCAUUCAGGACUCAAUAUGAAAAGUCUUUGUACUCUAUGAUCAAGAAUGACACGUCCGGUGAGUACGAGACGGCUCUGCUCAACCUGUGUGGAGGAGAUGAUGAUGCCGCUGGGGCGUUUUUCCCAGAAGCCGCCCAAGCAGCCUAUCAAAGAUGGGAGCUUAGUGCGACACUUGCUUCACGUAUCGAGUUGAAAGGCACCGUAUUUCCUGCUGCUGAUUUUAAUGCGGACAGUGAUGGGAAGGCUUUGAGGAAAGCGAUGAAAGGCUUUGGUACCGAUGAGGACGCCAUUAUCGAAAUACUGACCAGGCGCUCUAAUUCCCAAAGGCAAGAGAUCAAGAAAGCCUUUAAAUCACACUUUGGACGUGACCUGGUGGCCGAUCUGAAGUCAGAGGUAUCUGGAACCUUGGCCAAACUGAUCCUGGGACUCAUGAUGACACCAGCUGAGUUUGAUGCUAAGCAGUUAAACAAAGCCAUUUCAGGGGCCGGCACAGAUGAGAAAGUCUUAAUUGAGAUCUUAGCUACAAGGAACAACCAGGAGCUCCAAGCUAUUAAUCAAGCUUAUCAAGAAGCUUACCGCCAGCCAUUGGAAGAUGCUAUAAGCUCCGACACAUCGGGACACUUCAAGAGGAUCCUUGUUUCAUUGGCUUCGGCAAACCGCGAGGAGGAUGGUGAAGACCUUGACAAAGCCAUAGAUGAUGCUAAGAUCAUUGCUUCAGUCCUGGAAGUAGCAGAUUCAGCAUCCGGCGACUCUUCCUCCUUAGAAACCCGUUUUAUGACCAUCCUGUGUACUCGCAGCUACCCACAUCUCAGAAGAGUCUUCCAGGAGUUUAUCAAGCAGACCAACCAUGACAUUGAGAAUACCAUUAAGAAAGAAAUGUCAGGCGAUGUCAAAGAUGCCUUUGUAGCUAUUGUACGGAGUGUGAAGAAUAAACCAGGCUUCUUUGCAGAGCGCCUCUAUAAGGCAAUGAAGGGAGCGGGAACAGAUGAGCGGGGGCUGACCAGAAUCCUGACAUCCAGAAGUGAAACUGACCUGUAUAACAUUCGUAAAGAGUUUAAGGAUGCUUUUGAGAAGUCCCUGCACCAUAGUAUUGAGAGUGAAACAUCAGGGGACUAUCGCAAAGCCUUACUGAUCAUCUGUGGAGGAGACGACUAAAAGAAGAAUAUCAAGUUAUUCUUGAACCUGUCAGUUGUUGGCGGAAGCCCACACACCAAAUGUCUUCAUGGUAGAUAGUAUUGUGGACCUUCUGAGAACCAUGAAACUUCACCUAAAUCUUUACCAAAAAAACUGAUUGUGCACCAAAGAAAUACAUAGUUGGGGGGAAUGGGGUGGGGGUAGAGAUGGGAACAGAAGACCUGAAGAAAUUAAAUGGAAGGUAUAUACACUUCUGUACCAGAUACUGCUGUGUACAAGAUGCAGAAUGAAGGUACUUUCAAUACCAAAGCCAAUUUUAGAUCCUUCACAAGAGUGAUAGGAUCCAGCCAAGGUCAAAUAAAGUGUCUCAGUGGUUAUCCCA